AGAUGCAACAGACAAGAGGGGCGUUCGCACGUUUAACUACGAGGUCCAGACAACUCUCUAGAUGUUAUUUUUUAUUCGAAACAAGUGUGGCAAGACAGCUAGAAAAUACGCAAGAGUUGAACCUGUCAACACUACUGAACGCGGCACCGUGGUUGCACUUGCGGAUUGUUCGAAGUAGGAAGGUUUAUUCACGUCUGCGUGAACCGUCUAAGAGAGCAGACGCACUCAGAUACACACACACACACACACACGUUUGCCGUAUGGCGAGUUUGAUGCUACCUAGUUUCGCUCCCCAGUGUUUGGCGGUAAAAGCAGUCAGUGGUUUUCAGUACUCGAGACUUGGACUUUCGUAAAUCCGAACGUGCACUACGAUAACGGCAUGGAUGAACCUUCGAACACAGCUUACACCCCGGACUUAAAGAAGGUAUUGAAAAGUUACCAAUCAGCGGCACUUGGUAGCCUACUUGGUCCUAAUACUUUCAUGGCUACCUGGGAGAUAGGAGCCAUUACGGAAAAGACAGUAGAUACGAUGCCGUUCUUAAAGGAAAGACUUGCGGCAGUAGACUCUUUGGGACGUGGGUCCUCUCCUGCUUCUGUUAUCGAAAAAUCUGUGGCUCAAGAACCAAAAGAAAAAUCGGAAUCAGAUUAUGACCCGUUUUUGAUGCCCCCGCCGUUUCCCAUUCAACUACCCCCGAUUUUUACCCAACCGGACAGCAGCUGUAAAAGGUCUGACACCGUUUUAGAGGGUGAAAUUAUAUCUUGCUUCACUGUCGGCGGUGAGAAACGGCUCUGUCUCCCGCAGAUUCUGAACACCGUACUCCGGGACUUCACUUUGCAACAGAUAAACAGUGUUUGCGAUGAACUGCACAUAUUUUGCUCUCGUUGCACACAAGAACAACUGGAAGUACUGAAGCUAACUAACAUUUUACCUUUUAGUGCGCCGAGUUGUGGACUCAUUACAAAGACCGACGCAGAGCGAUUAUGUUCAGCACUGCGAUACGCGAUUCUACCAAAAUCAGAACUGCACGUUCAGCAGAAACUUUUUUUUAAAUUCCGAGUGUUUCAUCGAUGCUUUGGGAAAUGUUCAGGAACCCUUGUCCCUGAUCUUUACACUGCACCUUUUGCGAGAUGUAUAGAAUGUGCUGAGUGCCAUGCACUAAUGAGUCCCGGGGUCUUUGUCUGUCACGCACAUCGUGCAAGAGAAAAUCGCACGUGUCACUGGGGGUUUGAUUCUGCCAACUGGCGGGCAUAUGUGAUGGUGGCUAAAGACGAAGAGGACAGAGAAAGCUUGGCAAAACACCUAGAAGACUUUAAAGCCAAAUUUGAACGCACACAAAACUUGAAGAGAAAACAGGCGAUUUUAGAAGACAGAAGUUUUCCGAAAAGGAUAAAGAUCAAAGAUUCUUUUGUCAACUCCUUCACUUACCCUUCUCUAUCCUGGGAUCCAGCCUUAGCCUACCUAUACGACGGAUCUACAGAUGGUUCUUGUCCUGUCACAUCUUUCAAAACGUGGCCGGUACCCACGCUAAAGCAACCCAUUUUACCACUACCUCCAACGUCCAGAGGAAGGGAAUCACAAAUAAGGUGUUUAAAGUCUACAAAAUUUCCCGAGAAUUCUACUGUGGAACCAGAAGUAGAGGAACAUGCAACUUGUAGUGAAGACCACACCUUAAGUGAAGGUGUUGAUGUCAGUAAAGAACUGGAACAACUCGGUGCUUUGCUUCAGAAUUAUCAGCUUCAAGAAGAAGAACAGCAGAAAAUCAUGUCUCAAGUAGAAAACAUCAUCUCAAAGUAUUGUGGUUACCUGGCUAAAAUUGUUCUAAAACAAAAGUGUUUACGAAAGGAUUUUGAAAUUGAACGUAGUUCCAACCUGCAGAAACUCGAGGAGCUGCAGAAGUCUAAGACAAAACUAGAGCUAGACAUUCAGGUUUUAAAGAACCAAAAACAUAACAGAGUUAAAGAUGUUGCUGAGAAAGAAGAAAUUGGCAAAUGCAAGGGUAGAAAGAUGAAUAAAAUCAGUUCAGAAAAAUGCUUCUGCGAAGACUAUCCAGCUCUGUUAAACCAGAACAGAGUUCUUUGGGAACAGCUGGUGACCUUACAAAAAGUGAAGGAAAACCUUGUGCCAAAACUAGCAAACACAAGCACUGACAAAGGUCACGAUAGUGGACCUCUUACUCCAGAUUCUGGUGUAGAGAGUUUUGUAGGAGGUGGUAAGUCUCCAAAAGUUGAAGAUCUGGUUAGCUUGCCCAGCGACAAAGACUGAACUGUACUAAGUAACUCUGUAAGCAACUCCUUGUAGAAUAAGGCAGCAAAGAGGAAGAUGGCAAGGUUGUGAUGGAAAGCAGUGCAUGAUCUCAUUAAAGGUUAUUCUGCCCUAUUAAAGUUUUUAGCUCAGGAUCUGAAGAUUUUUUUAUUCAUAUUUUCUAUCCUUUCAACAUUUAUCUCAAUAUGUUCAGAAACAAAUUAUGUUCAGCUAAUCUUCACAUCAUGGACCAGAAAUUUCUUUCUGUCAAUCAUCUACAUCACAUCUUUGUGGACAGUAGUUUUAAUCUGUCCUGGUUCUUUUUUUCUUUUUACAUAAAAAAUAUAAGGAUUAUAUCAUUGAAAAGAAAUCAGUGAUUUACCACACAGUGCAAAAGAAAUAUGUAUAUUUGUUUUGUUUUUUAACUACUUGUCAAAAAAUUAGGGCAUCGAUUGAUGGUUGUUUCAAGAACGUAGUUGUUGUCUGUGUUUUGUUAAAUAUAGAUGCAUGUUGUGUAUAUAUUUAACAAGAAGCAUUGUGCAUGGCUCAUUUAGUAUUUACUCUUUUCACUUUAAAUGUUUGAAGUGUGUGAAAAAAAAGUGAACAGUAAGAUAUAACUGUAAUUAAGUGUAGUGUAGUGUGGUUCAUAAAUUGGUAGUUUAAUAGAUAUACUUCAAAAAUUAUCUUUGUACAGAGGCAUCGCUAGGUGCUUAAAAGAUUUGGGGCUCAGGCCCAUAAGCACGGGAACUUUCAGUGUUUCAGUACGAUAUCAAUCAUGGUUUACUAUUCUGAUUUUUCAAGACACCAAUUGGGGAUUCUGGGCACGGGUCCUGUGUGCCAGUGCUUGGCAACAUCUCUGCCUUUAUAAGAAUAGAAGGUUAAUGGUUGGUUGGUUGGCAUUUUUUGGCACAAAGCAACUAGGCUAUCUGUGCCAAAGGUUAAUGGACAGGUACCUUAUAUAAACUCAACUGUUGAUGACCUUUAAGUAUACACACUUUCUUCAUGAUAGUAACACACAACAUAAGACCUUGCAUAAACUCAGUUGAUGAUCUUUAAGAAUGCACACUUUCUUCAUGAUAGUAACACACCACUAAAGACCUUGUGUAAACUCAGUUUUAGAUUAUCUUAAAUUAUGCUUCUCAGUAAUGAUGAUACAUUUGCUUUUUGUUUAAAAAAUCUUGUUUUGCUAACCAGCUGAAAUGUUUUGUUAGAGGUCACAAAAUAUCAUAGCCAUCUUCAAUUAUUGUUAAAGUUGAAAAAACUAAAUAUUUGUUGCAUACAGAAAGGUAUGUUCAAUUCAAUCAUUUAGAUAUGGAUGAACAUAUCUAUCAGUCUAUAAGCAUACUGAGCAACCAAGUAAGACACUUUUUAAACAGAGUUUACAAUUUUUAUUCUUAUUUUUGGUAGCUUCAAACUAAAUGCACGUUUUCAAAUAAACAAAAAAGCUCAAAUUCACCAUCCAAUGUAUAAUAACUUUUAGGGUUACCAAUUGUAGAGUUAUUGUAUCAAUAUAAGAUUAUUUGUGGUGAGUAAGACAUUACAAGCACCAUGUACAUCGAAUAACAGAAUCGCUACUUACUUCCCUAUGUUUUAAUGAGGGAAGGGAUACAGUUGCAUCCAGUCUAAGCCAUGGAACUGAAAUAAUUUUCAGUUAAAUAAGACCAGCUGAAGUCAUUGUUUAUAACUGAUUUGCAAGGAUUACAAAUUGUCCAAGAAUAUAUUAAAAACUUACUUUGGGCACAGAGCAGUGAUCUAACCUUGAGUUUUGAACCAAGCAUGCAUGGCUUGUAUUGUUUCAUGAUAUCAGAUUUUCAAAUUCUGGAGUAUAUUAAUGUAUAAACUAUAUAUGAAUCUAUAAUAUGUCCCUCACAAGCCUGCAUUAUUUUACUAAUAACAACAAUAUCAUGGUUUGGAUUAUGCAGUAAUUCACAUGUUGUUAAAGAAGGGACUAAAAAUGUUUGAUGUAUAAAUUUUUUUUAUUCUGCUUUGUCGACUUAUUGGUCAUUAUGUAUAAAUGACUACACACUGUUAACUACGGAUAGCAUAUUUUUCCUUAAACUGAGUCAGCAGUUUUGUACAGCCAACAAGAGAGUUCAAAUUGUUCCCUCUUGGCGAUAGAUAUCGAUAUUUACAGAUGUUUAAACCAUGUAAAAAAACAAACUGUUCUGACUUAAAAGCUAUAUUAGGCCGACAAAAACUGCAUUGGUGAAAUUUAAAAGAGAAAGUAAUAUCAUUGACUGCAGUAAAAUUAUUGAUAUUUUUUAAAGACUUGAACUUUAUUGCUAAGUUGUAUUGUUGUUCAAUAUAUUAGUUAACAUUUACAAGUCAUACUGUUUUAUUGGAAAUCGCAUUAAAAAAAACAUGUUAAAACCUAGGCAGAUUCUUUGUCUCAGAUAUGAUUUAUCUUUUUUUUUAUUUAAUCUGUUUUUUACCAACCAGAUCAGAUUUUAUUUAGAGUUUUUUGAAGAACGUUUUAUGCUUCUUGAAUCAAGUUGUAUAGGCUCUGUUGUAAAGAUUUAUUGGCAAUACAGAUUAAACUCCAAAACCCUUUGAUUAGAGUGAACUUAUGACUAUUCAGGGACUGUUUUGACUUGUUAAAAAACUUCCCAUUCUUUUGUAUUUUAGAAGAGAAUUGUGUUUAACCAUGCUUGACAAGAAGCUUUUUCUGCAACAUGUUGCACUUAGAAAGAAUGAAUUAUGUUGUUACAUAAAAAAAUCAAUACAACCAGAUGUAAUAUUUUAAAAGCACCAGUAAAUAUCUCUCAUACUUUUUGUUGAAGAUUGUGCUAAAUGUAAGUGUUAAGGAUGAGUUUUUCAUAACUUUAGAUUACACUAUACUAGUGAAGCAAGUCCAUUAGAUGAUGCAAGUUUUUGGUGUUUUAUUCUGAGUACCUGUAUUGUAAGGUUUCACUGACACAGAGAAUAGAGUAUUGCCAAUUUAUUUCAUUCCUCCCUGUUAGCUAUAUUCUAGAAGCUUGAAUUCCUUUAGGAAAAUAAUUAUGCUGUACAAAUCCUUCUGCUGAUUUCAAACCUGGGAUAAUACUUUUUUAACCUCAAAAUCCAACUUGUAAGCACUAUUAAUGUCAUAGCUGAUAGUAUAAGACAUUUACAUUUAGCAUCUAAUAAUGAACAAAGAACCACAUACAGCUUUAUCCAUGCUUUAUGAGGCAAGAAGGGAUCACAGAUUGAUUAUAUUUAUUAGAGUAUGUGAUUAUCCAUACUGUAUGAGGCAAGAAGGGAUCACAGAUUGAUUAUAUUUAUUAGAGUAUGUAAUUAUCCAUACUGUAUGAGGCAAGAAGGGAUCACAGAUUGAUUAUAUUUAUUAGAGUAUGUAAUUAUCCAUACUGUAUGAGGCAAGAAGGGAUCACAGAUUGAUUAUAUUUAUUAGAGUAUGUGAUUAUCCAUACUGUAUGAGGCAAGAAGGGAUCACAGAUUGAUUAUAUUUAUUAGAGUAUGUGAUUAUCCAUACUAUAUGAGGCAAGAAGGGAUCACAGAUUGAUUAUAUUUAUUAGAGUAUGUGAUUAUCUAUACUGUAUGAGGCAAGAAGGGAUC